AUGAGCGGAACAAUGCGCGCAUUCUCACAGAAUGCUUCCCCUUCCCUUGCUCGCGCACCCGUUCACGCGAUAUUCCGCGACGAAAAACUCGACUGUGGCACAAGUCUCACCGACCUCUUCCCCAAUUCCGUCUCUGUUUCUCACGGGAUCCGCCCGCAAACACUGAUCCUGACUCUACGCAGCUCCCUCUAUCCAUACGCGCAGUCGCCAAGUCUGCCGUCGACGAGCCGCCAACGCCAUUGA